GGGUCGGCUCGUCAGGUGUGAUGGACCCUCUAACGGUGAUCUUGUCUCUGAUCAUUGUGGCUAUUUCAGCACGGCUCUUUUUCGGUAAAGAUGAUCCGAACGCGCCUCCGUGCAUCAAAGGAUGGAUCCCGUGGUUCGGUGCUGCGUUUGAGUUCGGUAAAGCACCACUCAACUUCAUAUCAGAGGCAAGGAGGAAGUACGGUCCAGUCUUCACCGUGCUGGCUGCAGGAAAGAGGCUGACCUUCGUCACGCUGAAUGAAGACUUCCGCACCUUCUUCAUGUCUAAAGACGUGGACUUCGAGCAGGCGGUCCAGGAGCCUGUCCACAACACAGCCUCCAUCAGUAAAGGAAGCUUCUGCAGGUUCCACCCAGCCUGCAGCACCAUGAUUAAGGGCCGUCUGAGCCCAGGGAAUGUGGCCCAGCUCCAGACUCAGUUGUGUGACCAGUUCAACCAUCACCUGGAGCUGCUGGGGCCCCAGGGCCACGCAGACCUCAACAAGCUGGUCAGGGAGGUGAUGUACCCGGCGGUGAUGAGUAACCUGCUGGGGAAGAACAACUCCCCCGGCCUACCCUUCACCAUGGAGGAGUUCCAGCAGCACUUCAGUGUGUACGACGAGGGCUUUGAGUACGGCUCCCAGCUCCCAGACCUCCUCUUACGGGAGUGGGCAGGAUCGAAGCGCUGGCUCCUCUCUCUGCUGGGGAACAUGGUGGUCAACUCCGAAGACAUGGAAGAGUUGGAGAAUGGAGGCAGGACUUUACUGCAACACCUGGUCACCACCGUAACAGACAAGUACCUUCCUAAUUUCGGGUUGCUGAUGUUGUGGGCAUCCCUAGCCAAUGCCAUACCAAUCACGUUCUGGGCCUUGGCCUUCAUGCUGUCCAACCCUCACAUCUACCAGACUGCUAUGGAUGAGAUCAACCUGGUUCUAAAAGACCAAGACAGGGCCAGCCCCACAGUGGGCCAGGAGCAGCUCCAGCAGAUGCCCUACGUGAAGUGUGUGAUCCUGGAGGCCAUCAGACUGCGGUCCCCAGGGGCCAUCGCACGCAGGGUGAUCCAGCCCCUGCGUCUUCAGAACUUCGUGGUCCCGGCAGGAGAUCUGCUGAUGUUGUCUCCAUACUGGGCCCACAGAAACCCCCGCUACUUCCCAGAACCAGACCAGUUCAGACCAGAACGCUGGGAAAAGGCUGAUCUUGUGAAGAACGUCUUCUUGGAGGGCUUUGUGGCGUUCGGGGGAGGUCGCAACCAGUGCCCAGGGAGGUGGUAUGCGAUCAUUGAGCUGCACAUGUUUGUGGCUAUGAUUCUCUACAAGUAUGACUUCACCCUCAUGGACCCCCUGCCGGAACCUAGUUCUCUUCACCUGGUGGGGACCCAGCAGCCAGUAGGACCCUGCAGAGUCCAGUACCGACACCGCUAGUCUUCCCCCCACACAGGGGCACCCUCACACAGACUAUACCACCGGGGGGAGAGGACACAGUCCUGGGGGCUGUCACAUGGAGACCGUGGGGAUCAGGGCACUGACUGAUGACCUCACAGCUCAUCACCACCAACACUAGCCUUCUUCUUGGACUUUGAACUUUGACCCAGAACAACACAGGUGAACAGGGGGUGGGGGAGAGCUUGUUGCGAAACUGAAAUUACUUUGGAGAUUUUUGACAAGUUCAUUCAAAGUAGGUAGGAGGAACCUUUAGCUUGCCGUUGGGCCUAAACGAUAUACCUUUUUCUGUUUCUAAUUGUAAAUGAUUAUGGUUUGAUUCCUCCUCGCUCAAAUAAGCAUUUAGUUAAUUAUCACAUUAAUUUGAUCAAGGCCUUUCAAACUGUUCUACUGUGUUAUGCUUGUAAUAGCCUUCAUUUCAAUAAGCUUGGCCAAUCCGCUGUUGAUAAGCACACCAUUCCAAAAUAACUGCAUGUGUGUCACUUGAC